AACUCACAUUUUUUUCAUUGGUGAGGAAAGAAUAUUGCACACAUAACCUACCGAAAGAGAUAAAUUAAUACGACGGUCAGCAUCGAACAGUGAUCGAACAUGCAUUAAGAAUGGUUCCUCGAAAACUCACUACCGUUUCUGAGGAAAUUAUUCUUAGUAGUGAGAAUUACUCUUUUUUUACUCUUCGGCCACCGCGCAUGCAUUAGAAGAGUAAUAUUUCAUAAAUUUUUGUUUUAGAAAACUUUCGUUGGCAACGGUGCUGUCCUCCAUACUGUGUAUAUUUUCCCAUCCCCGCAUUUGUUGCUGUAAAACUCACAAAAAUCGUGUAAAUAUGUCUAAGAGAGGUCGUGGUGGUACUUCUGGGGCUAAAUUUCGUAUAUCCCUUGGUUUACCAGUAGGAGCUGUAAUUAAUUGUGCAGAUAACACAGGAGCCAAGAACCUAUAUAUCAUUGCUGUAAAUGGAAUCAAAGGUAGAUUAAACAGAUUGCCUGCUGCAGGAUGUGGUGAUAUGAUUGUAGCAACAGUCAAAAAGGGAAAGCCAGAAUUAAGAAAAAAGGUAAUGCCUGCUGUGGUUAUUCGCCAGCGGAAACCUUAUAGGAGGAAGGAUGGUGUGUUCUUAUAUUUUGAAGAUAAUGCAGGUGUUAUAGUAAAUAACAAAGGGGAAAUGAAAGGUUCAGCUAUAACAGGUCCUGUUGCUAAAGAGUGUGCAGAUUUGUGGCCAAGGAUAGCUUCAAAUGCCAGUAGCAUAGCAUAAUACUUGUAGAAAAAAUCAUAAAAAAAGCCUGUCCAUGAAUAAAACUUAUGAAUGGGA